CUACAACAACAAAAGAUGUUUGCAUUGUGGUAUCUAACGUUCGCCGUUGACGAAAUACGAAAGCGUUUGGCCUGGCUUUUUAGUUCCAAUAAGCCAGCGCAGCCAGCGUUAGAAAACAAACCGACGCCCGCAGCCGCGCCCACACCUGCUCCUGCCCCAGCACCUGCACCUGCACCGACUGCAAAACCUAGCCCAGCCGCAACCUCGUUAAAGCCUGCAGCAGCACCUGCCGCUGUUCCAUCGAAACCAGAACCGCCGAAACCUGCAACUCCUGCGCCGCCUGCAGCUCCAGCAGUAGCUCCUGUGGUUGCACCAAAGCCAACGCCUGCACCCAGCGUUCCUGCGCCCGCACCAGCACCGGCACCGACACCGGCACCAAGCACUCCUGCAACUACAGCCAAAGCGGCAGUUGCAGACGCAGGCGACAAGAUGCCAAUUCCUUUGCCCAAAUCCUUGACCGAGUCGAAUGGCACGGCAACCAAUGGCAACGGUGUCGUCCAUGACGGUCCGGACAAUCAGCUCUUCGAUGCACAGCUGCCGACCAGCAAGGGGCUAAAGGUCGACAAGGAGCAGCUAAAGGAUGCCAGCCAGGAUUUCAUCAAAGGCGAGGCCAAUGCCUUUGUGCAGUCCAUCAAGGAGGCGCAGCAGGCGGGCAACCGCAAACAAGACACCAUGGUUGACGCCGCUGUUCUCGCUAAACUGGAGGAGGGUUAUGCCAAGUUGGCCGCCUCCGACUCGAAGUCGCUGUUGAAGAAGUACCUGACCAAGGAGGUCUUCGACAACCUAAAGAACAAGGUGACACCGACCUUCAAGUCGACCCUACUCGAUGUGAUCCAGUCCGGUUUGGAGAAUCACGAUUCGGGCGUUGGCAUCUAUGCACCCGAUGCCGAGGCCUAUACAGUGUUCGCCGAUCUGUUCGAUCCCAUUAUCGAGGACUACCAUGGUGGCUUCAAGAAGACCGACAAGCAUCCGGCCUCCGAUUUCGGUGAUGUCAGCACCUUUGGCAACGUUGACCCCACCAAGGAGUAUGUGAUCUCGACUCGUGUCCGUUGCGGUCGCUCCAUGCAGGGCUAUCCAUUCAAUCCCUGCUUGACCGAGGCCCAGUACAAGGAGAUGGAGGGCAAGGUGAGCAGCACCCUGUCCGGCCUGGAGGGUGAGCUGAAGGGCAAAUUCUAUCCGCUGACCGGCAUGGAGAAGGCCGUCCAGCAGCAGCUGAUCGAUGAUCACUUCCUGUUCAAGGAGGGCGAUCGCUUCCUGCAGGCGGCCAACGCCUGCCGUUACUGGCCAUCGGGUCGUGGCAUCUACCACAACGACAACAAGACCUUCCUGGUCUGGUGCAAUGAGGAGGAUCAUUUGCGCAUCAUCUCCAUGCAGCAGGGCGGCGAUCUUGGCGAAAUCUAUCGCCGUCUGGUCACCGCCGUCAACGAGAUCGAGAAGCGUGUGCCCUUCAGCCACGAUGAUCGUCUUGGCUUCUUGACCUUCUGCCCCACCAAUCUGGGCACCACCAUCCGUGCCUCUGUGCACAUCAAGGUGCCCAAGCUGGCCUCCAACAAGGCCAAGCUCGAGGAAGUCGCUGCCAAAUACAAUCUGCAAGUGCGCGGCACUCGCGGCGAGCACACCGAGGCCGAGGGCGGUGUCUAUGACAUCUCCAACAAGCGUCGCAUGGGUCUCACCGAAUACCAGGCCGUCAAGGAGAUGUACGACGGCAUCACCGAGCUGAUCAAGCUCGAGAAGAGCUUGUAAGCUGUCCAACCACCCAAUCAAUCACAUGGACUACGCCCUGGGGCACAACAACAACCGAAGUCCCACACACACACAACAUCAAAAUCGGCGC